AUGUUACAAAGCUUAGUCUUAUAUGAGAUCUUCCCUCCACUUCGACCCCAUCAGAAGGUAGAUGAAGAAGACGGAGAGAAAAAGAAAGAGGAAGAACCACUGAAAUCUGAUUUCUCAACGAAGAAGGAGACUGAGAGUAAAGAUGAGAAGAAACAGGCUCCGAGAGCUAAGAAAGCCCAAGCGACCAAACCACAGGAAGAGCCAGACUACUUUGAGGAGAAACGUAACCUGCAAGAUUUGUGGAAGGCUGCGGUUCUAGUGGGAAUCGAGUGGAAACUGUUAGAUGCAAUUUAUGAACACAUUUGGGAUUUCAAACAUCUUGAAGAAGCAUUGGAGGAAGGACGAAUUCUCUAUGGGAAGAACGUUUAUGUUUUCGUCAAUGCAGAUCUCAGUUUUCUCAAAGAGCAGGUUCGAGAAGCCAAAAAAGCAAGGCAAGAUGCAACAACUGCUCGAAUGCAAGCAAUAGAAGAUAUGAGCCAAGAUGAUAGGGAGAUCUUCCCUCCACUUCGACCCCAUCAGAAGGUAGAUGAAGAAGACGGAGAGAAAAAGAAAGAGGAAGAACCACUGAAAUCUGAUUUCUCAACGAAGAAGGAGACUGAGAGUAAAGAUGAGAAGAAACAGGCUCCGAGAGCUAAGAAAGCCCAAGCGACCAAACCACAGGAAGAGCCAGACUACUUUGAGGAGAAACGUAACCUGCAAGAUUUGUGGAAGGCUGCGGUUCUAGUGGGAAUCGAGUGGAAACUGUUAGAUGCAAUUUAUGAACACAUUUGGGAUUUCAAACAUCUUGAAGAAGCAUUGGAGGAAGGACGAAUUCUCUAUGGGAAGAACGUUUAUGUUUUCGUCAAUGCAGAUCUCAGUUUUCUCAAAGAGCAGGUUCGAGAAGCCAAAAAAGCAAGGCAAGAUGCAACAACUGCUCGAAUGCAAGCAAUAGAAGAUAUGAGCCAAGAUGAUAGGGCAAACCUUUCAAAGCAUUAA